AUGUCCUCAGUCGUCGGCUUCCUCCGCCGUAAUUGGCAGGCUUACUCUCCCCCAGAGCCACCAAAGAACGCCAACCCUGUAAAGCUCGGAAUUCUUGGCGCAGCAAAUAUUGCUGCAACCGCUUUGAUAACUCCAGCGAAAUCUCAUCCGGAUGUUGAAAUCUAUGCUGUAGCGGCUCGUCAGAAAGAAAAGGCCAAGGCAUGUGCCAAAAAGCAUAAUAUCCCACACGUUUUCGACAGUUACCAAGCAAUCCUCGAUGACUCCUCCAUCGAUGCCGUCUACAUCCCCCUUAUCGUUACCUUACACUAUGAAUGGGCCAUCAAAGCAAUCGCCAAAGGAAAGCAUGUGCUACUUGAAAAGCCAGCCACGGUCAAUGCAUCCGAGGCAGAGAAGCUAUUCCGGUCGCCACUACUACGGCAGCCCCAUGCACCUGUUCUUCUCGAAGCAAUGCACUUUCGCUUCCAGCCGAGUUGGCAAUACUUUCUUAGCCUAGUCGACUGUCAGGACAUACAAACUGUCGAUAGUCUUGCAGCAUUGCCGUCGUAUAUUAUACCCAAGGGAAGUGCACAGCUCGAGUAUAACUUGGGUGGCGGCACCAUGCUUCAUCUUGGCACAUACCCCAUGUAUGCACUGCGUCAGAUCAUGGGUGAUGAGCCUGAGGAAUGUGUUGCGUGCAAAUUCAGAAGUGGUCCUCCUCCUGGAGACCUCUGCGAUGAGUUUUCUGAGGCAAGCUUUCGUUUUCCGGGUGGACGAGUUGGAAAUGCUACAAUGAAUACGCGAUCAUCAAUUACCACUUUCCCAACAUUCAACAUAUCGGUGUGUCAUAGAAAGGUGAAGUUGGAGGAUAUGACACUCCCGAAAGAACAGACUAAAUGGAAGGUCAGGAAGCUGAGUAUAAGCAGCUUCCUCAUAUCAUCCUUCUGGCACCGCAUUGACAUCGUGGACGAGUACACCAUUCGGGAUGACAGGAAUGCGAAGGACUUGAAGAAAUGGACAGUCAAACAGUCCAAGAAAGUCUAUGCAUUCAAAGAUGCCGGGAUUGAUCAACCGGGUGAGCCAUUUUGGUCAUCAUAUCGUCAUCUGCUGGAGCAGUUCGUCAAUCGUGUUCGUGGGAGUAAUGGCUCUGGACUUUGGGUUGACCAUGAAGAUAGCAUUGCGCAGGCGAGAAUGAUCGAUAUGGCUUAUGAAAAGUCUGGACUACCCUUACGCCCAAGAAGUAAGUUUAGGCUGCAAGAUUUCUCGGAUGGUUUGUUGGGUUGA